AAUGGCGACGGCUCACGUUCUUGAUGACUACUAUCUAGCCAUCACGGCGAUUAUCACAGUGGCGUAUCAACUGUUCUUCUUUUCCAUAGCCUUCAGCUUCAAGUUCGACAAGCUCACCGGAAUGCACAAGACUAACAACGGCCCAGAUUUCGCCGGCGGCACAAACUUUGUGGUCCUCGCCAUCAUCACCCUCUCCCUCAGCGGCCAUGCCCAUGCGCGCCAGGUUGUCGCCUCCGUCUUCAUCAUGCUCUGGGGCGCCCGCCUCUCGGCCUUCCUCCUUUUCCGCAUCCUCAAGACGGGCAAGGACGACCGCUUCGACGACAAGCGCGAUAAGUUCUUCCCCUUUCUCGGCUUCUGGGUCUUCCAGAUGAUCUGGGUCUGGACCGUCUCGCUGCCUGUCACCAUCCUCAACUCGCCCAACGUCACGCGCUACCCGCAGCACGCGUUCGGCACCGGUCGUGACGUCGUCGGCGUCCUCUUCUUCAUCGUCGGCUUUGUCAUGGAGUCCGUCAGCGACGCCCAGAAGUACCGCUUCCGCAGGGACAACCCGAGCCGUGAGGCUAUCUGCGACAAGGGCUUCUUUAAGGUCUCGAGGCACCCCAACUACUUUGGCGAGAUCAUUAUUCAGUUCGGUAAGCUUCUUGCCCCCCCCCACCUUGGACCCCCAAAUCUUUUUCCUAGACGCUUCACUAACAACGCACUGCCAGGCAUCUACAUGAUCGCCGUCUCCUCCGCCGCGGAUGGCUACGUCGGCGGGCAGGCCUUCAAGGCCCUCUACGCCACCAUCCUUGGCCCCUUCUUUCUGACACUGCUGCUCAUGUUCGUCUCGGGCCUGACCCUGCAGGAGCGGCCCGGCGCCAAGAAGCGAUAUGAGAACGGCCAGAACUGGGAGGGCUACCGCCGCUACCUUGAGCGCACCAGCAUCCUGAUCCCCUUCCCGCCGCAGCUGUACUCUCGUGUGCCGACGCUCCUAAAGCGCACCGCCUUCCUCGAAUUCCCCAUGUACGUCUUCGACCCGGCGAAGCACUCCGACGCCGGUGCGCGCGCCGAAGAGGGCCACCAACACGAAUCCGUUGCCACGCCGGCAAAAGGGAUUGGGAGACCGAGCGGCGAUGAGUCGCUUGUUGGGCAGCACUCGUGAGCC